GAACAUGUCCUUGCUUCUGUCUCUUCAUUGAGCCGCUUGUGGUGGCGGCGCAUCCGUCGCCUCGUUGUCGUCGAUAGAUAUCGAACAGAGCAGAGCAGGGGAAGCAUAUCGAAACCGAGAUGGCUCGGGCCAAGAGGGCGGUGCCGCCGGCAACCGUUGAGAGAAACGCCAAGAAGCCUGCUGCCAGCACGACGCGACGGACACGGAGGAGGAAGGAGAUGACCAAAGGCUGGACUAGUCGGGCUUCCUGCCAGACCUGUUGGGUCUCAUCUGCGGUCGGCUCCCUCUCGCCGACGUGCCGCGCGUCGGCGCUGUGUACAUGCACUGGCGCUCGUGCGCCUUUCCUGUGUACCCGACCGAUGCCGCUCCCUUGCUUCUCAGCGCCACCCUCACUGCCGCCGGCACAGUCCGCUGCAACAACCCCCACCUGCACAAGACGUUCGUCAUCGCCGCCCCUCCCCUGCCCCAAGGCGGCAGGGUCUUCAAGACGGUCGCCGAUGGGUGGGUCAUGCUCAACACACCGGGUAGGACCGUCAUGUUCGCCAACCUGCUGGACGGGUUCGUGCACGGCCGGGUGGCGCAUGUGUAGCUGACGAGGACCGACCUCUAUGGGACAUAUGUCGACGCCUUCCGGGAUGCGUUGGUAGUCGAUGCCGGGGGAGCAACGCGCCGUCGACGGCUAGGACAAAGGAGCAGCGCACUGUCGGCGGCCAGGCCGAAGGGAAGGCGGUUAGAACACUAUCUUGCGAGAGCUCAACGCUGUUGGCGGUUCGUCCUUUUUCUUCGACAAGACUAUUUACACGUGGUUGCUAGUUGAUGAUGAGGUGGUUUACCAGCGGGCUAAAUGGAACAACCCUUUUAUUUUUUCUACUGUCCACUAAGAUGAUUAAGUAGGGUGAGCUUAAUUAGUCUCACUUAGGUCCACUCCC